AUGACCAUGGAAGUAAUUGACGAGGAAGAUGAUAAAAUCAAAUAUCUGAAGCAAGAGUGUGGAGACGAGGUUUAUGAAGCUGUGACAAAGGCCUUGGAGGAGUUGAAUGAAUACAAUCCUAAUGGUCAGUGCCCCAUACUAGAGCUAUGGAACAGGAAUGAAAGAAGAAAGGCUAAAUUGGUAGAGGGCAUAGCACAAAUUCUCAAACAGUGGAAGCAGCAGCAAAAAAGAUAUCGGAGGAGACUCUGA